AUGUUUGUAGACAGUUUAUUAACAUCUUUUAGAGACGUCCCAGCUCAGGACUUCAUUAACGCCUACGCCCAGUUCUUGCAAAGACAAGGUAAACUAGAUGUUCCUGGUUACGUUGACAUUGUCAAGACCUCGUCCCACAACGAGUUGCCUCCACAGGAAGCCGAGACUUGGUUCUACAAGAGAGCCGCUUCCGCCGCCAGACAAAUUUACCUGAAACAAAACAUUGGUGUUGGAAACUUGAACCGUAAGUAUGGUGGUGCCAAGAACCGUGGAUGCAGAUCUGGAAGACACACCGAUGCUUCUGGUUCCGUCAACAGAAAGGCUCUUCAAGCUCUUGAGAAGCUCGGAGUUGUUGAAUUGUCUCCAAAGGGAGGUAGAAGAAUCACUCCUAACGGACAAAGAGAUUUGGACCGUAUUGCUGCUCAUACUUUGCAAGAGGAGGACGAUGAAUAG